AGAAUUAUUUGGAUGAAAAAUAGCAACGAUGGAUACUACGGAAAUAGAUGAUCCCGUUGUGAAAGAGAUACCAGUGUACCUUUCCAAGACUUUGGCGGAUAAAUUAUUUAUUAUUCAAUACCCUGCAUAUGUCAAAGACAAUUAUCCCAAUGCUACCUUCUUGAAGACUUCCAUUAAACCUGAAAACCAGAAAAUUCGUAUGGAACUUUCAAUGGAUACAUUGAACAAACAUUCUUACGAUUGCGCCAUGGGAAAGCAGUUAGCUUUAAAAACAAGUGGAAAAUCUACAGAAAAUGAUGAAAUAGUGUUUGAUGGAGAACUGAUGGAUAAGGUUGUAUUAACUUCAGAACGGACGUUGUCGGAUUGCUCAAAUUUCGCAGUCGGGAUCUUUCAGGAUGACGAGUUACACAUCACACCAUUGAAGACAAUGUUGCAAAUGAAGCUGCAAUGUGAUUAUCUAGACGAAAAUGACAGGAAUGGGAUGAAGAACACUGGAGAAGACGAUGACGAGGAGGAAAAUAAUCCCAUUCCGGUGAAGGUAACAUUCGCUAGGCAUCUGCCAGAUAACGUGAAGAAACUGCAGGAACAAUCUUUCCAACAUCACCACAGAAAGAGCCAGGAAGAGCGUUGGAUACAUACAAAGUACAUAUCGGCUUACGAUGAGCAAGCUGAGUCAACACGGAUGGAGAUGUUCUGCUCAUCGGAAGAAUCGAUAAAUAAUCUGAAUUUGGAUCAGAUAAAUUAUUUGCAACUGUUGGUACCCCAGACACCUGAUGAAUGCUAUUUGCAAUCCACCUCCGAGGAUCAGAUAGAUCUUCAUCACAUUUUAACUUUGCCUUUGCUAGACCAAAUUAGAACAAUCAUGAAACAAGUGAGAGUCAUAUCCUUUGCAAAGUUAUGCGAAAUUCUAUCAGAGCAUGAUACGACAACAAUACUUAGGUAUUUGCAGCAAGUAGCUAUGCUGGUACAGGGUAACUGGAUCGUAAAUAGUGAAUUGAUAUAUCCCAAAGACAGUCUCUCUCCUCAAAACAACACCUCUGAAUUCAUGUGUAGAGCUCGUGAUUAUAUUUUGUUAUUAUUUACUGAACAACAGUAUCUUAAUCGCAAAUCGAUCUCGUCUGUCAUCAAGUUGCCAUCAGAAGAAAUUAAUCAGAUUUUUGCGGAGCUUGGAACAUACGAAUCAGGAAAAGGUUGGAAACUAAAAGAGCCACCCAAUUGGGAUUUCUGCAAAAGACAUUCCGAAAUCGUCCAGCGACAACAAAUAUUUUGGGAUGCGAAGAGAAAACAUCUGCGCGAAACGAUGGAGGCGCAAAAUCAGCCACUGCAACGUCAGCGUCGGAAAUCGAAUCGAGAAUCGCUAGGUUCGGAAAACGAAGAGAGAAACGUCGGCCGUGGUCGAAAAUCGGUCAAGGAAUCAUCUGCGUCGGAUAAUGACGGCGCAAUAACGGAAUCGGCUAAGCACAAGAAGAGUCGCUCCAGAAAAAUAUCAGAAACCACGUGACCAAAACCAGUGCAUCAGUAGCUUAAAAUUUACACAUCACUCUGAUCGUUGUCAUGUCGUAUCUAUGAAUCACGUGAUUGCUUCGCUAUAAAUCGUGAGAUUAUUCUAUAACAGGAUUGCCACAAGCAAGGGAAAUGUCAGGGAAUUUAAAAAUGCGUCAGUGAAAUCAGGAAAAGUCAGAGAUUUAGCACACUUGUCAGGAAAAAUAAAAUAGCUGUGAAGAAAUUUAUUUAUAUUACGGCGCCACAAUUGAUCGAAAUCAUUGAUAAAAUCAUUCCGCUUCGUUCUUCAAGCCA